AUGUAAUAUCGUCAUACGUAUCGACCUUUUUUGUCGUCUUUUUGAAGGAAUAUGAAUUGGCAACAUUUUUAUAGAAUGUUACGCGGUCUAAACUAUGUUAGACUCGAUCGGAAACAUUCUCGUCUAUACCCCUUUCCGCAUGACCGUUCUUGCUGUUGAAUGCUGGUAGGAACAUAAACAUUAAUUGAAUGAAUAAUGGUUUACUGGCUAUUCACAAUCAACGUUAUUUUCCUCACAAUCAUUGUAGCGUUUGUGCAGCAGUGGGGUAUCAUGCGCCGUGUUGAACAUUAAAGAUAUACUGUAUAGAGCGCGAUCAUGGAGUAAAUAUAAACACACAGAGAGAUGUAAAUGACUGUGCCGCUAUCUAUACAACAGCAUCACCUAGUAUUUGAAAGAGGGAAUCACAGUAUUUUGAGGCAUCUCCGUAAAUCUUGGAAAUGGUUGGAACAUGAAUAGCUCUACGAUUGGAAUAUACUUAGCGGAUGUGCUUAAAACGAGUGCGGUGCAACUGAAUUUGUACUAAAGCUAUACCUAAGCGAAUGGUAAACAUUGAUUGACACGUGCCUUAUUCGCCUACCAGAGAAUAGGAGAAAUGUUAAUAUGUUUUGAAAACCACUUGAAAUAUAUUAUUGGAACAUUUUAUGAACUGCAUGCAUAUGGUAUAUACGUAUGUCUUUGUUGAAGACAUAAUAGCCUCGGAUUCUUCUACAUUUGCAGCUCCAGGUAAAUAUACAGGAGAGUCUCGAAGAGACUUGAAGAGUCGCGAUGGAGAAGGAAGGGCAAAUUCGCAACCGUCCCGGGGAACGCAUACUAGUAAUCGUACUGGUAGUUUUAUUCGGGAGCGGUGCAUGGGUCUCCGUGUCGGGAGUUUGGACAGAAUUACCAAUCAUGAUAUCAACUGGACUACCAGAGCAAUACCGCAUGACUUCAAUCGUACACAUUCUGAUUCAGUUUUCUUUAGUGGGUAUGAUCGCCUUUUUAAUCUGCAACAAACUCGUUGCGUCAACUCGCAUUUACCGUCUGGAGAUUCCCUGGAACUAUGGCAUAACUUUCCUAGGAACCAUAGCUACAUUCUUGCUGAUAUUCUUCUGGGACACGAGGGCAUACGUGUUUGGUGAACUCCACAGUGUGGCUUUCCUGUGCCUGGUGUUCUUCGUAUCUCUGGUUGAUAUAACAUCCAAUGUCACGUUCGUCGGCUUCAUGUCUCUGAUGAAACCAAACCUGAUGAACUGGUUUUGGAUCGGUGAAGGAUUGGGUCACAUCCUUCCUGCGUUCGUCGUCCUUAUACAACAAUCAAAUGGCAAGAUGAAAUCGUGCGUCGUCAAUGACACUUACCUGAACGAAACCGUGGUUGGGAAUUCAACAGUCAUGUAUAAUUGCACCUCUUGGGAAGAAGUGGCACCGCAACUUCUCUUUGAACCUAAGGAUUAUUUCGUUGUUCUGUUCCUGAUGAUGCUAGCAUGUCAUAUCUCGUUCAUUUGCCUGAAUAACUUACCUUGCUCUCGACGGGAAUACGUACCUCAGGCUGAUGGGCACCACCUUAGAACAGACGGAUGUGGUGGUCUCUUUAAACAGUCAGAAACCUUAUCUGCAGAUGAGGAAGAUGGUGAUCGCGUAAGACUUAUGUCUGUAGUGAGAUCACAUGAAGACGGUAGUCCGAAUGCUCCGGAUGAAGAAAAUGACAACUCCGGUAACGACUUAGCAGAACAGCACCUCACCAAACGACAGGUGGUAUUUCUUUAUACCGUCUUCUUCAUCAAUUUCACACUGUCUUUUGGUAUCAUGGGACCGAUCCUUGGAUUUUCUGGCAGUGCUUACGGAAACGAUACCUUUGAAAUUCUUGUGCCUAUGCAGGAGAUAGCCAUCGCAGUUGCUUACUUUCUGUUCCUGUUGAAACCCAUCUAUAGCUUUAAAGUAGUUGCUGGGUCCUUGCUUUUGGCUAUUGCCUGUUACACCUAUGAUUUUGUGGUUGCCGCAGCGAGCCCAAAUCCACCAUUUUACAGCAUCAUCUUUGGCAAAAUAUAUAUUGUACUAAACGCUGUGACGAGAGGUUUGUCUUCGAGAUACUGCCAUGCUUCGACUGUUUGGAUACUACGUAACAGUACAGAUAGUCGCCGACAUCUGAUCGUUUCUGCUGCUAUCGGUCAAGUUGGUGUGUUCAUUGGUUCGGUCACCAUGUUUGUCCUCAUCAAUGUCUUCAACGUCUUUGAAUCACACCAUGAAACCAAAUCAUGUCCUUCUUUUACAUGCUCCAUGAUGGAAUAAUGGGUUUAUUUCCAAUUCGUCUAAUGCCAAUUCGUCCAAUUGCCAACUCGUCUACUAUCAUAUGUUCUACCAUCGGUUCGUCCACUAUCUACAUGGUCUAAUUCCCAAUUCGUCCACUCACCGUUUCGUCUAAUAACCAGUUGGUCCAAUGGCCAUUUAGUCCAUGUCCAGGACCAAGUCUUAUUGUGCAAAAUGAAUGAAAAUGAAAUGGAUAUUAGACCAACUCAUGAGACGACAUGGUCAUUGACGAAAUGAUUAGACGGGGUGAUAAUUGAACCAAAAUGGUUGUAAGACAAAAUGUUGAUGGACGGAAUGGCAUAAGAAUAAAUGAAAGUAGACCAUGUGGUGAGAGGACGAGUUCGCAGUAGACGAAUUGGCAAUUUACCGAAUAAUAUUCCUCACUGUUUCACCCCUUUUCUCAAAUUUUAGUUUAUUUUUAUGGCAUUGUUAGUUGACUUGGUUUAUUCGAGGUGCUUUAUAGGAUUUAUAUUAUCUUGAAUUUGUAUUUAUUUCUGGGUUGUUUUCCGAAAGGAGUGGGGUAUAAGGAGAAGGUCAACUAUAUUGGAAAUGAAAACAUACCAAACAUUGCUAUCAUAAAAUACAAGGAAUUGUAUUAUCAUAUGAAAGAGAAAAGUAUAGCUAUCGCCCUCUUUAAUUUAAAAAUCUAACUUUGUAAUAGAUUUUGACAUGAUAUUCAGUAAAUAAUCAUAUUUAACCCUUAUUCUUUUCCUUUCCUUAGUCUCCUUUUUUUCUUUUUAGUCGUGAAAGUUUGGGGUCCAUGGCUCCCCGAGCCCCCUACCCCCUUCCCAUCUGUAUGUCAGUGUGCACAUAGCACUAGAUUCAUAGUUAUUUUGCUGUCAAAAUAAAAGACACCAAUCAAAAGUAUCAAAAUUCUUAAUCAAAUAAAUAAUAUCUCUCGGGGAAAAAAAUUCUUAGGCCAAGUCAGAAAUCAUUGGACCAUUGCAAGUUACGCUUCAAUGACGCAGAAUGGUCUGAAAAUAUACAUUACAUAAUGAUUCAUGUCCCUUCAGACACGGCUGGUCACAAUCUGCAACCAGAUGACAAACAAUAGCUAUACAUGUAUAUGUAUUUUCUCUUUCAUAAAUUAUAGCCAGGUGAAAUUUUUACAGCAUAGUUCCUCUUCUCCUGUUAUAGUGUUGUUAAUAUAUAGUAUACUGUAUACCUUACUACCUUAGCAUAGUUCCUCUUCUCCUGUUAUAGUGUUGUUAAUAUAAAGUAUACUGUAUACUGUCCCAAAGAUUUGUUACAAAUCUUUGGGACACUAUUCAUCAAUACAAGAGGAAUUAGUGUGCUAUCUCUCUAUACAAAAAAAAUGAUAGGUUGCAUGGAAAUCAAAAUGGCCGAGGAGUAACAGGGUUUUAACAAGGGGUAGAAGGUGCUAUCACUCUUUUCCGCUCUUAUUUAUUUUUCUAGUGUGUAAAUGAUGAUGACUAUACUCAAAAGAGUAUAUCUAUGGAAAUGUGGUUGCGUAAAUUGGAAAUAAAUGCAUAACGUUUUAACAAGACCGCUCGCAGCGGUGGUGAUUAUAAUUGUUGCGGGUAGCUUGAAAAUUCGGGGGGGGGGGCACUUUCCUUGACGUGUGGAUACCAGGCGCGACCAAAGGAACACGUAAAAAUGAUAUCUUUUUCAAGAUUGGGCAUGCACGACGUACGUAACGUAAUAAGGGUGUAAAAACACUUUUUCAGUAUUUAAAAAUACUGAAAACAUAUAUAUUUCGCUAGGAAAGCUACGUGUUUAUGGUCAAAUUUGCGAGGGUAUAGAAGGGACUAUUUUAUAAAGGAUGUAUUUUUUGCCCCAACACGUGUUUAGAGUCCGCUUUGAGCGAGGUGUGGGCGUGGGGCGAUACUAAACCCAAUGCAAGUAAAGGUAAAGCCGUCCGUGACGUAUCAAUUGAAAUAUCGCUGUACUUGUUUAGGGGGCCAAUUCAGGGAACACUUGUCAAGGGUAUACCGUUUUGUUCAAUUUCAGAAUAUGGUAGCACCCUAAACUACCUGUUUAGGGUGCUUUCCGAAACCCCACAUAACCGGUCGCGCCUGGGGGCGUUUUAUCAAAAUUUUUAUCCAAGAAGUAUUUAGAUCUGACAACUUACCUUAAUUAUGCCAUUGGCUGAGAGGCACUGUUACUAUGGUGACUGUCGGAUAAAUCGGGACUUGUCUGAUAAAACGUCCGACAAAUUCUUUCAUGAAAUGCUCCCCUAUCCACUCGUCAAUGGAAGUGCCCCCCUGGGCUUGAAAAACAUUCAUAUUAGUUUCUUUGAAUUUUUCGAGUACCUUAAUUGAUAGCAAUAAAAACAAAAUGAUCCUCUC